AAAUAUUGGGAGUUAAGAGGCAGCUCCGCGGCGCCGCCGGCUCAGAAGCGCGCGGGCAGGCAGGGCGGCGGCGCGGCUCCUGCGCCCAGCCCGCUCCCCGCCGCCACCGCACCGCACCGCAGGGCCGGCUUUUGGACGCGGCCCCCGGCUGGAAGGGGCCCUUUCGCCGCCGAAGGACGAGGAGGGGGACUUGGCGCGGAUCCGUGCCGGGGAGGCCGUCGGUGCCCGCCGCAGGGCCACCAGGGAAGCCCCGCGGAGGGUCUGGGCUCGGCAGCGAGGAGGAGGAGGAGGCAGGGGGCUCCCCCCGCACGGAAGAUGUUGCUCUCCAAGUUCGGCUCGCUGGCCCACAUCUGCAGCCCCGCCAGCAUGGACCACUUGCCGGUGAAGAUCCUGCAGCCAGUGAAAGUGGAGAAGGAGCCGUUCGACAAAGUGUACCAGGUGGGCUCCGUGCUGGGCAGCGGCGGCUUCGGUACCGUCUACGCGGGCAGCAGGAUCGCCGACGGCUUGCCGGUCGCCGUGAAGCAUGUGGUGAAGGAGCGGGUGACCGAGUGGGGCACGAUUGUAAGUAUUCAAUUUUUUUCUAAUUUUAUUUUUGGGGGGGGUGGGUGGGCUCCGUCGGGGCUAUUGUGUGGGCGGCGGGGCUCGCCCCGCCCGCCGGCGCGGUGUCUGCGUCGGGGGGAAUUUGGCGGGGGUUCGCCGCCGCAGCGCCGCGCCCGCCCCUCGGACUGCGGCAGCGGAGGAGCCACCCCGCAGGGCGGCGGUGGGUGGCACUGCCCUGCCUUGCCUCGUCCUGCCCUGCCUUGCCUGCCGCCCCCGAGUGACCUGCUCGCCUCCCGUUUCUCUGCCCAGGGCGGCGUCAUGGUGCCCUUGGAGAUCGUUCUCCUGAAGAAGGUGGGCUCCGGCUUCAGGGGGGUCAUCAAGCUGCUGGACUGGUACGAGCGUCCCGAUGGCUACCUGAUCAUCAUGGAGCGGCCCGAGCUGGUGAAGGAUCUCUUUGACUUCAUCACGGAGAAGGGAGCCCUGGACGAGGACACAGCCCGCGGGUUCUUCCGGCAGGUGUUGGAGGCGGUGCGCCACUGCUACGGCUGCGGCGUGGUGCACCGGGACAUCAAGGAUGAGAACCUGCUGGUUGACCUCAGGACAGGCGAGCUGAAGCUAAUCGACUUCGGCUCAGGGGCCAUCCUCAAGGACACGGUCUAUACUGACUUUGAUGGAACAAGAGUAUACAGCCCUCCAGAGUGGAUCAGAUACCACAGAUACCAUGGGAGGUCAGCGACAGUAUGGUCUCUGGGAGUUCUGCUGUAUGAUAUGGUUUGCGGAGACAUCCCUUUUGAGCAAGAUGAAGAAAUCUUGAGGGGACGAUUAUACUUCAGGAGGAGAAUUUCACCUGAAUGUCAACAGCUGAUCAAAUGGUGCCUUUCACUGAGGCCUUCAGACAGACCAACACUUGAGCAAAUUUUUGACCAUCAAUGGAUGCACAAAUCUGAAGUAGUGAAGUCUGAGGACUGUGACAUAAGGCUACGGACCCUUGAUACUGAUGUAUCGAGCACAAGCUCAAGUAAUGAGAGUCUGUGAAUUACUAAGGACCUUGCACUGGGAGGGGAGCUACAAGCAGAAAGACCACAGUGCUGCUGCCAAUACGUAGGAGGGGCUAGAAAAAUGCAUUCAUUAUUCUGUAGUUGAAUCUUUGUCUGAGGGACUUGAUUUUAUUUUCCCCUUUUGCUGGUUUCUGCUUUGGAAUGAGAGUUUUCCUUUGGAAACGCUGAUGUUUGGGAGUUGCAGGCCAGUACUUAGUCAAAGACUGACCUUAUUAAGAAAGCAGUGACCUCUUGAAUACAUGGUAAACUUUUUUGCUCUCAUAGAGCCUGGACUAGAUUUUAUUUGCUUUUGAGUGCCUUUUUGAAAGCUGCUUCAGUGGGACUUUCUUUUUUGAGCUGUGUAUGUCCAAAGAAGAUCCAGUUCAUUAUAGGAAUUUGCUCCCUUUAGACCCAGUGCUGGAGGAAGCAGCUCCUAUGAUGCAUUGGAGAACAUGUUCGGUGAUUGAAUGAAGUAGUCCCAUCCACUGGUGAUGGAAUACUUGAACACAGACAUUUCACUCCUGCCCCCUGCCCUUUCCAAAUUCAACCCACCUCUGCUGCUCAAAAUAUUUCCUAUAGCCUGCACAGAAAUAUGAACAGGUAUAUCAGCUUUUUUAUCAGAAACAUUUAUUCAUGUUUCCUUUUAUCAUCUCUACCACUGGGCAUAAGAAGCCCCUUUCUCAACUCCCCCUGGCCUUUUGUCACCCUGCGAGUCUUAAAAGUAUGUAUGGGCAUGUUGAAUGCACAAUCAAUGCAAUAUUCAAGGACUUUACUUUUUUUUUCCAUACCUGUAUAAUGUGUUUAUGUAAACUUGGUUUUCCCAUGUAUUAUACAGUUAUUUAUUGUUUGAAGUUUAGAAGACCUCCCACAGGUUUCAGCUGUGGCUAUUUAUUUGGUUAAUUUAUUUGGUUAGUUAUUCAACACUGUGCUUUCCCCUCCUCCUCCCCAUGGGAAUUCUAGUGGUUUGCCCAUGGCACUUUUUUUUCUGCAUUCCUGUCAACUUUUGUUUAAAAAAAGAAAAAAGACAAAAAAUAUUUCUGACCUUAUCAAUUUUUGUUGGAAGAUGGAAAAUUGUUGUACAAAGUCUAAUUUAAGGGAAAUAGAAUGACUUUUUAAAGUUAGUCAGUAUGCCUUUUGUCUGGUAUUGUACCAGAAAUGUAAAGUAAUGCUGUUUGGAAAGGUUUUAAAUUAUUGACAUUGUACAGUCUCCGUGCAUUGGCUCUGAAAGGUAGAGUGGCAGAGUCAUAAACCUUAAUUUAUUUUAAUAGCUGUGUUUCUGUGAUCUGGUUGCAUUUAUGCAGCUUGGAUUUCGAUUUUUUUUCUUCUGUUUAACAGUGUGAAAUGUAUGGAGAUCAUAUUUUUUAUACAGGUAUUUCAAUUAAACUUUUUUUGUAUAUAACA